AACGACAAAGAAUGCGAAGGCUGCAACGACCUCUCCAUGUCUCGGACCGACCCCAUCCACUUUCUGCCCACGAUGCCCAUGAAACGCGCCAGGCCUGUGUGGAUGGUCCACCAGCCAAGCUUUGUCAUGUCGGGCCUCGGCGAGAUGCCCCCGGACAAACUGACGCCUCUGGAUUUGUGGUACAACACAGGUGCGAGAACAAGAGCGAACUCUUUGGAAUUCGGCACGUUAGUUGAAUUUAACGACUUUUUUUUCUCAAACAAAUUAGAGUUAUUCUAGAGGAAGGGUUUGGUAUGAUCUUAGGGACUGAGUCACAAGAACCAAAGAAAACGUUUUGAAUGAC